AUGAUUCCAAUAGAAACCCCGCUGCACUGCGAGGCUGCUCCCCCGGCUUCGGCUUCGGCCUCGUCGUCAUCGCUGCCCAAAGGCGGCGAUCGCUUCUUCUCUGUCGAGGUCUCUGAGCCGACCGAGGCCGACGUCGCAAAGUGGAAGAAGGCCUUCGCUCAAUUCGCCACGUCUGAUUCGAUCGGGGGAGCGGCGUGAGUCUUGGCGAUGGGGCGCGUAGACGGAUCUUUCUCGACGCGGCACGAGAAGAGAUCCAAUUGAGGCCCUCUUUCUCUGGUCACUGACUCGGCGCCCUUCAACUCGUUAUAGAUACCUGACGGAGCCGGAUUUUGUCACGGCUAUCGCCCCCGCCGGUGACUUUGCCAAGAUUACACGACAACAGUACGGUGCGUCCCCGGCCUGUCUCAAGUUGCGAACCGAACCGAAGCGCCGACACGCUCGUUGCAGAUGAUGUGCAAGGUAUUGAUACUCUUCAAGCGUUCCUUUCAUCACAGGCAUCUUGUUUCGCAUUGCGGACCGAUCUAAAUCGGGCAGGGUCACAUGGGAGGAUUUCUACUCGUUCGAGAAACUCUUGACAAAACCGGAUGCCGAUUUCGAUGUCAGUUGCAGUGAUCGGGCGCGGAUGAUUCUGAGCCAUGCAAGCUGACACGUCUCGAUUCAUCACUUUAGAUCGCCUUUAAAUUCUUCGAUACCGACGGGAGUGGGGACGUCUCGUUUGACGAAUUCAAAUCGACCUUUUCGGCCAACUUGGGACCGGAUGCGAUCCCGUUCGACUUUGACAGCAGUUGGGUCAAGCUCUACUUGGGCAAAGUCGGCGGGAAACAUGUAUUGGGUUACAGGUUAGCCACUCUUGUCCUACUCCGAGAUUUGCCUUAUGCUGAUCCAUCGUCGCCCUCUUUACUCCGCACAGUGAAUUCACACAAUUGAUGAAGGGACUCCAAGGCGAGCGAUUACGUCAAGGCUUCGCCCACUUUGACAAGAAUCAAACGGGCUACAUCGAACCCGAGGACUUCCAAAAAAUCAUCUACGAGCUCGCUCGGCACAAGUUGUCCGACGCCGUGCUCUCGGACCUGCCUUCCCUCGCGGCCAUCUCCCCCGGUGGCAAGAUCUCCUACUCUGAAUGCAUCGCCUUCCACAACGUCGUCAGGGAGAUGGACAUGAUCGAGAAGAUCGUCAGGGAAGCUUGUGCGCGUUCACCGGACGGCAAGAUCACCCCUUCGGAUUUCACGAACCAUGCUUCGAGGGCGAUGCGAUACGGUACAUUCUCCCCGAUGGAAGUCGCCAUCAUCUUCCACUACGUUGGGCAUGGCGAUCGGAAGGCGAGGCUGAGGUUGAGGGACUUUGCGGCGCUUUUGGACCCCAAGUGGGGGCCUGCGAGGACAGCGGUUGGGACGACGAAGCCCAAGUCGGGGACAUUCUUGCACGAGACGGCCAAGGUGGGUCGAACGAUUGCGGCCCCUUAUUCAAAGCGCUCUGAUCGCUGACAUCUGUGCAUAUUUUUUUCAACGACAGUCGAUGUACUAUUUUGGGUUGGGAGGUAUUGCCGGUGCUUUGGGAGCCACGUUCGUAUACCCUAUCGAUGUCGUCAAGACGCGAAUGCAGAACCAGCGAUCAAAAGUUGUCGGUGAACUGCUGUACAACAACUCGAUAGGUGCGUCCCCCCAUCCUCGGCUACCGCUUUGAAGUCACUGUUCUGGUAACCGACGUGGCUACGGGUGGUUUCUCCUUGCAGAUUGCUUCAAAAAGGUGUACAAGAACGAAGGUCUGUUCGGUUUUUACCGAGGCCUGCCACCGCAGUUGAUUGGUGUCGCACCGGAAAAAGCGAUCAAGUUGACCGUCAACGAUCUCGUGCGCGGGUACGCGACCAACAAGGAGACGGGGCGUAUCACCGUGCCGUGGGAGUUGCUAGCCGGUGGUGCAGCUGGUGGAUGCCAAGUUGUACGUAUGCAGCUAAGGACAAGUCGAACAUGCAUGGAAUGCCGCUUAUCGAUGUGACGUGUCCCGUCUUAGAUCUUUACGAACCCUCUCGAGAUCGUGAAGAUUCGCCUGCAGAUGCAGGGACAGACCGCGACCCCGGGUGCGGUGCGACAGAGUGCGGGGCAGAUUAUCAAGUCGCUCGGAUUGAUCGGCUUGUACAAAGGGGCUAUCGCUUGUCUGUGUCGUGAUGUGCCGUUCUCGGCUAUUUACUUCCCUGCGUGAGUUCCACAUGUACGCAGGGCCAUCAUUUUGUCAGCCGAUGCUGACAGAACGGUCCCUGUAUGCGCUACACAGAUACUGGCAUCUGAAACGAGACGUCUUCCACGAAGGGCGAGACGGCAAGGUCCUAGGGUACGGCGAGGCGUUGAUCUCGGCUGCUGCGGCCGGUAUGCCAGCUGCAUACUUGACCACGCCUGCGGAUGUGAUCAAGACGAGGUUGCAGACCGAGGCGAGGAAGGGUGAGACCCAUUACAAGGGCGUGCCGGAUGCGUUUAAGAAAAUCUGUGAGUCUCGGUGAUGAGCCUGUUUCGAUAUCGUGUUUUGAUACUGAGGAGCCGGCGAAUCUUGGAUUGAAACAACAGUGGCCGAGGAGGGCCCGCGAGCAUUGUACAAGGGUGGUUUGGCGCGUGUCUUCCGAUCAAGUCCCCAGUUCGGUGUCGUACGUCCAGAGGUGCUGACCACCUGCGUUAACGAGAUGCUGAUAAGCUUUUCAUGUCCCACCUGCGCAGACUCUUGUCGCGUACGAGAAUCUCAAGAAGGUGAGUGCUGAGUGCUGGGGUCAGUAUUGCACUUACCGAAGCACUGACCAUGGCAUCACCAACCACAGGUCCUUCCCUUCCCUGAUCCGUCCACGUCCAUCACCGAUCUCUUACCCGCCCAAGUCGAGGAUAUUUCCAAGGUCCGCGCUCGCAACGCGCUCAAGGUCUUGCUCGGUGAGUAGCUAGCUAUUCGGUGGAUCUUUCUGCAUAAUGUCUUCGCUCGCUGAUCGACUGACAUACAUCGCUCCCUCUGUGCAGAUGUCCACGAGGACUUUGGCGGUGUUCGCACCAAGCAAUAA